AUGAAUGUGACAAAUGAAGUGAAAGAGGAAGAUCUAGUCGAGAAGAAAAAAGCGCACGAUGCUCUAUGGGCCAGUUUCCAGGCGUCUGUCGCUACGCCACCAUCUCCAAAGGGAAGAAUAUCAUUGUGCUUAGUGAUGUCAAGAGAAGUGGUCGAAGUCCCUGAGGACUUGGAGGAAGUGAAGAAGUGGCCGCGAUGGGAUCCAUUAGGGUUGCCGUCAUCUGCUGCAUCAGCCCCUGACUCUGUCUUCAACCGCCGAUGUGAAUGCAUCGGCAUCGAAAAGCUGCCACAUGGAAACCUCCAGGUCCUCGCAAGCCUCGCAUCAUUGGUGGACAUACCGACUCAGAAGGCCAAGAAGAUUACCACUCUGGAUAAAUCCGCAAUGGACUGGUGCACGCAUGUCACGUCGAGUGAUGUCAAGGACGAGCGCUAA